UUUAUCUCAUUAUCUUCUUGCUUCAUGAUACCUCGCCCGUUGCAAAUUUGGAGGGAAGAAACCAAACAAAGCUCUUUCCCCAUUCAAUGAUCUGCCACUACCACCGCUGUCCUUGCUUCUCCUCCUCAAUCUUCCAUGGCUCCUUUCGCCCAAACCCUAACCCUAACCCUAACCCUAACCCUAAUUCCUUCACUCUCCAUCGAUCCCCUCCCUCCUCCUCCCUCAAACCCCUCAUCUCCACCCAAAUCAGCGCAACAUCAUCAGAUAAAAUCUCACCCACAAUCGAAACCCUAAACCCUUCCAAUCUUUCCCGCCGCCAGAACGCCAAGUCGACGUCUCUCUUCCUCCUCCACUCCCAAGGCUCAGCACCUCACAACGACGAGCAAGAAGAAGAAUUAGACGAAGAUGAGCUUCAGAGAAAGAGAAUCGUAGAGGAAGCAUCUCUCGCGACUCGAAGGAUCGCUAGGUUCCCUGGAUCCGUCGAUUUCCCCAAACCCGAGCAGUUUCAGUACCCAAUCGAUCUCAAUCGAGCUGUUCUUGAGAGCGACGAGGAGGAUAUUAGGAAGGCGAUUGAGGUCAGGAGAGGGGUCGCUGCUGAGAUCUUGAAGGGGGCCUUGAGAGCUGGGAAGCUUAGUGUGAACUACUCUGACAAUCUUGUUUCGAGACUGAGUGGGUUUAUUGAUAGGGUUGUGAUUGGGGCGGCUGCCAUGAAAGGGGUUUCGGAGUUCAAUCACGUGUCGUUCAAUGUGAGGGCAAAGAGUUGCAUUCAGAGCUCUGGAGUUGUCGCCCUUGUCAAGUGGUUGAAGCAUAAUUCAAUGACAUACCCACAAAUUGGUAAGGCAAUAUGCAUGUGUUCUGGUGAUCUUGAGCAAGUGAGAAGGGUAGCAGAAUGGUUGAAGACGAUUCAUGUGAGGGGAAGGUCUCUUGGUGUUGUAUUGGUAAAAGCAAGCUCGAUUUUGGAGCGAAGCUUGGAAGAAAUGGAUCAGAUUGUUGACUAUCUCAUUGAGAGUGGAGUGAGGAGGGACUGGGUCGGUUUUGUUGUCACUCGAUGUCCACAAGUGUUGACUUUGACCAUGGAGGAGUUGGUGUCACGUGUAAAGUUUUACUCGGAGAUGGGUAUGAACAAGGAGGAUUUUGGCACUAUGGUCUUUGAUUAUCCUCGAGUGCUUGGGUUCUUUAGCCUUGAUGAAAUGAAUAGUAAGGUUCAAUACCUUAAGGAAUUUGGCUUGAGUACUGAGGAUGUUUGCAAGCUAUUAGCGUUCAAGCCACGACUGAUGGGCUGCAGCAUAGAGGAAAGGUGGAAGCCGCUUGUGAAAUACCUGUAUUACCUUGGUGUUCGACGUGAUGGAAUGAAGAGAAUACUUAUAGUGAAACCCAUGAUUUUCUGUGUUGAUCUGGAGACAACUAUUGCACCCAAGGUACGAUUUUUGAAGGACCUAGGCAUCAAAGAAGAAGCCAUUGGUAGUGCUAUAGUGAAGUUUCCGCCCUUGCUAACAUAUAGCCUCUACAAGAAAAUCCGACCAGUGGUCAUUUUCUUGUUAACAAAAGCUUGUGUGACACGAACUGAUAUUGCAAAAGUGAUUGCUUUUGACCCGCAACUUGUAGGAUGCAGUAUCAUAAAGAAGUUGGAGGUCAAUGUUAACUACUAUCUAUCACUAGGAAUUCGACCUCGGUUACUAGGUGUGAUGGUAGCUGACUUCCCAAUGCUGCUCAGGUACAAUUUGGACAUCGUCCGCCCCAAGUAUCUGUAUUUGAGGAGAGUUAUGGUACGCCCACUGAAGGAUCUUAUUGAAUUUCCAAGAUUUUUGAGUUAUUCAUUAGAGGGUAGAAUAAUUCCAAGACACAAAGUUCUGGUGGAAAACCGUAUAAACUUCAAGCUGCGGUACAUGUUAUCAGGUUCGGACGAAGAGUUCGAUCAGAGAGUACAGGCUGCUAUUGAGAACCGAAGAAGGUUUGAAUCUGGCGACACAAAUUUUGAUGCGUCUGAUUGUGAAUCACCUCAUAUACCUUCUGUAGCUUCAUGACAACCCCAGUGCUCAGGUCUUUCUGGCUUUCGUCUGAGAUUCUUGUACAGUGUAACAAAGGCAAUGUAUUCCUCGACACAUUUGUAAAAGUUAUUUCAGCAAUCAGAAAUUGUGGACUUUGUUCUGCAAGGAUAAGUGGUUUCUCCUU